AAUACCAGGCAGAGGGCAGCAGCCGCAACUGAGGCCUCAAUGUGUACCCUGGGCCAGGAACGGCCAGGAGAAAUAACUGGCAAUAAGACUUCCUUAGCCAUGGCUAGUUCUGACGUGAAACCAAAAUCAAUAAGUCGUGCCAAAAAAUGGUCAGAAGAGAUAGGGAAUCUGUACAGAUUUCAGCAAGCAGGAUAUUGUGAUGAAAUUGAAUAUAAACAGGUGAAACAAGUUUCUAUGGUAGAUCGUUGGCCAGAGAUGGGAUACGCGAAGAAACUCCAGAGAAGGGACAAUGCAUUCUGUAACUACAACAAACAGAGGGAGUGUGAUGACAGGACGUCCACAAAGUGAAAACGUGUGCAUACUCUCCUUUGCUCUUUGUGUUACUUGUCAUUACUUCUUAAGAAUUCAUUGCUUCAUUCUACAUCAUGUAAAUGU